CGAGAGGCCAGGGCCCGCCCCACAGCCACUCUUGUGCCUCUCAACAGCCACAGGGGCAAAGCCCUGUCACCCCCAGGAUCUGGUCAUUGGGGAAAACAGGGAGACCAGAGGACGGCCAGCUGAGCAAAGGAGCAGAGGCCCAGGAACCAGCAUCUGAGACGGGCAGGGACCAGGCGCAGGAGGCCAGGGGCACAGAGAACAAACUCCCCUCAGAAGUGGAGAAGAGGAGAGCGGAAGGAACCGAGGGAGGGACAGACAGGAGCCUGAGGAGGAAAGAGGAGGGGGAGAGGGGUCAGGCCAGGCAGCCAAGGAGGAGGCGUGUGGCUGGGGGCUGCCGGCAGGAAGCUGGGGACAGGACCUGACCGCGCUGUCCCUCGGAGCAGCGGCAUCCCCCGCUCCAGGCAGAGGCGCCAGUGGUCAGGCUGGGAUGUGCCUCUGAGGGCCACCGCGGAGCGCCCCCAUCAUGGCCCCCAGCACUUUCUGGAGCUGCUACCUCUGCUGCCUGCUGACCACAGCUGUGAGGGCAGCUAGCUACCCUCCUCGUGGUUACAGCCUCUACACAGGGAGUGGCGGGGCCCUCAGCCCUGGAGGGCCCCAGGCCCAGAGUGCCCCCCGGCCUGCCAGCCGCCACAGGAACUGGUGUGCCUACGUGGUGACCCGGACAGUGAGCUGUGUCCUUGAGGAUGGAGUAGAGACCUUCAUCAAGCCCGACUACCAGCCCUGUGGCUGGGGCCAGCCCCAGUGUCCCCGAAGCAUCAUGUACCGCAGCUUCCUCCGCCCUCGCUACCGCGUGGCCUACAAGACAGUGACGGAUAUGGAGUGGAGGUGCUGUCAGGGGUACGGGGGCGAUGACUGUGCUGAGGGCCCUGCCCCAGCUCUGGGUCCUGCACCUACCACACCACGGCCCCAGAUCCGGCCUGCCCGCCCCAACCUCUCUGGCUCCAGUGCAGGCAGCCACCUGAGUGGACUAGGGGGGGAAGGUCCCGGGGAGUCCGAGAAGGUGCAGCAGCUGGAGGAGCAGGUGCAGAGCCUAACAAAGGAGCUGCAGGGCCUUCGGGGCGUCCUGCAGGGACUGAGUGGGCGCCUGGCGGAAGAUGUCCAGAGGGCUGUGGAGACAGCCUUUAAUGGGAGGCAGCAGCCAGCAGAUGCAGCUGCCCGCCCUGGUGUGCACGAAACCCUCAACGAGAUCCAGCAGCAGCUGCAGCUCCUGGACAACCGCGUCUCCACCCAUGACCAGGAGCUGGGCCAUCUCAACAACCAUCACAGUGGAGGUGGCGGUAGCGGCAGGGCCCUGGACCCAGCCCCAGCCCCGCCUGGCCACAGUGAGGAGCCGCUGCGGGAGCUGGAGCGGAGACUGCAGGAGUCCUGCUCUGUGUGCCUGGCGGGGCUGGAUGGCUUCCGCCGGCAGCAGCAGGAGGACAGGGAGCGACUGCGAGCACUGGAGAAGCUCUUGGCCUCUGUGGAGGAGCGGCAGCGGCAGCUCACCGGGCAGACCCUGGGCCGAAGGCCCCCUCAGGAAUGCUGCCCUCCGGAGCUGGGCAGGCGUCUAGCAGAGCUGGAGCGGAGGCUGGAUGUAGUGGCUGGCUCAGUGACAGUGCUGAGCGGGCGGCGAGGCACGGAGCUGGGAGGAGCAGCCGGGCAGGGCGGUCACCCCCCAGGCUAUACCAGUUUAGCAUCCCGCCUCUCUCGCCUGGAGGACCGAUUCAACUCCACCUUGGGUCCUUCGGAGGAACAGGAGGAGGGCUGGCCUGGGCGUCCUGGGGGCCUGGGCCACUGGCUGCCUGCUGCCCAGGGCCGACUAGAGAAACUGGAGGGGCUGCUGACCAAUGUGAGUGGGGAGCUGGGUGGGCGACUGGAUCUGCUGGAAGAGCAGGUGGCAGGGGCUGUACAGGCAUGUGGGCAGCUCUGCUCUGGGGCCCCAGAGGAGCAAGACGCCCAGGUCAGCGAGAUCCUUAGUGCCUUGGAGCGCAGGGUGCUGGACAGUGAGGGGCAGCUGCACCUCGUGGGCUCUGGCCUGCACAAGUUGGAAGCAGCUGGGGAUGCCCGGCAGGCCAUGCUGGAAAGACUGCAAGGGGUCGUGGGCCAGCUCCAGGGUCGUAUCGAUGCGCAGGAUGAGACAGCCACAGAGUUCACACUGCAGCUGAAUCUCACGGCUGCGCGAGUGGGCCAGCUGGAGGGUCUGCUGCAAGCCCGUGGGGAGGAGGGCUGUGGGGCCUGUGGGGGUGUCCAAGAGGAACUGGGCCGUCUUCGGGAUGGUGUGGAGCGCUGCUCCUGCCCCCUGUUACCACCUCGGGGCCCUGGGGCUGGUCCAGGUGUUGGGGGACCAAGCCGUGGGCCUCUGGACGGCUUCAGUGUGUUUGGGGGCAGUUCUGGCUCAGCCCUGCAGGCCCUGCAAGGAGAGCUCUCUGAGGUUAUUCUUACCUUCAGCUCCCUCAAUGACUCACUGCAUGAGCUCCAGACCACCGUAGAGGGCCAGGGCUCUGAUCUGGCUGACCUGGGAGCCACCAAGGACCGCAUCAUCUCUGAGAUUAAUAGGCUGCAGCAGGAGGCCACAGAGCAUGCUACAGAGAGUGAGGAGCGCUUCCGAGGCCUGGAAGAGGGACAGGCACAGGCCGGCCAGUGCCCCAGCCUAGAGGGACGAUUGGGCCGCCUUGAGGGAGUCUGUGAACGAUUGGACACAGUGGCUGGGGGACUGCAGGGCCUGCGUGAGGGCCUUUCCAGACACGUGGCUGGGCUCUGGGCUGGGCUGCGGGAAACCAACAGCACCAGCCAGACACAGGCAGCCCUGCUGGAGAAGCUGUUGGGGGGGCAAGCAGGCCUGGGCAGGCGGCUCGGUGCCCUCAACAGCUCCCUGCUGCUCCUGGAGGACCGGCUUCACCAGCUCAGUCUGAAGGAUCUCACUGGGCCUACAGGUGAGGCUGGGCCCCCAGGUCCUCCUGGGGUGCAGGGACCCCCAGGCCCUGCUGGACCUCCAGGACCUCCAGGCAAGGAUGGACAAAAGGGGCCUAUUGGGCCACCAGGUCCCCAAGGCGAACAGGGAGUAGAGGGGGCACCGGCAGCCUCUGUGCCCCGGGUCGCCUUUUCAGCUGCCCUGAGUUUGCCCCGGUCUGAACCAGGAACAGUGCCCUUCGACAGAGUCCUGCUCAACGAUGGGGGCUACUAUGAUCCAGAGACUGGUGUUUUCACGGCGCCACUGGCUGGACGCUACUUGCUGAGCGCGGUGCUGACUGGGCACCGGCACGAGAAGGUGGAAGCUGUGCUGUCCCGCUCUAACUUGGGCGUGGCCCGCAUCGACUCCGGUGGCUAUGAGCCCGAGGGCCUGGAAAAUAAGCCGGUGGCCGAGAGCCAGCCCAGCCCGGGCGCCCUGGGCGUCUUCAGCCUCAUUCUGCCCCUGCAGGCCGGGGACACGGUCUGCAUCGACCUGGUCAUGGGGCAGUUGGCGCACUCCGAGGAGCCACUCACCAUCUUUAGCGGCGCCCUGCUCUACGGGGACCUGGAGCUUGAACAGGUGUAGACAGGGGGCCGGGCCGCACCGGCCCGAAGUGUCUAUGCCGGCCAAAGAGCCAGCGGGGGCGGUGGGCUUUCCCGGGUCCCCGCCUGGGACCGGGCACCGUCCUGGCACCCCAGCCCCGGGCGAGCCGCCGUCUCCGGACCCGCUGCGGCACAGGCGCCCAGAACAAUCUCCUCCCCACGGCUGGAGCGCGCCGGGUCGGGGACUCCAGGGUCCCCUCGUCCAGACUUUUGGCCUGAUCGCCGUCCCCUGCAGGACUCGGACUGCAGAGGAGCCGAUCCUCACGCCCUUUGCUCCCCUAACUGGCCCUCUAGGCCGGUUCCCUGGGCUCCAGGGCUCUCCCGGGGAGGCUCCGGCCACCACCGCCAUACUAAACUAUUCAGGAAUAAAGACACUUGGUUUUUUCUAAAAAAAA